CUGCUGUCAGCGAUGGCGUCUGCUAAUCUAAGAGCUGAACUGCAAUGUUCCGUCUGUCUGAACAUUUAUACAGAUCCUGUAAUGCUGAGAUGUGGACACGACUUCUGCCGGGUCUGUAUUGAUCUUGUGCUGGAUACACAGGAGGGAUCUGGAGGAUAUUCCUGUCCUGAAUGCAGAGAGAAGUUUCAGGAUCGUCCUUCACUGAAGAGGAACAUAACACUACGUAACAUAGUGGAGAAUUUCCUGUCUGCUCAUCCAGAUCAGGAGGAGUCCGGGGUCUUCUGUACUUACUGUGUGGACUCUCCUGUACCUGCUGUUAGAUCCUGUCUGCUCUGUGAGGUUUCCCUGUGUGAUAAACACCUGAGAGUCCACAAAAAGUCCACAGAACACAUCUUAUGUGACCCCACCUUCUCCAUGGAGAGCAGGAAAUGCUCCGUCCAUAAGAAGAUCCUGGAGUAUUACUGCACUGAGGAUGAUACCUGUGUCUGUGUGUCUUGUUCUAUGAUUGGAGUACAUAAAGGACAUGAGAUGACGUCACUGGAUGAGGCAUCUGAGAAGAAGAAGGAGACACUGCAGAAACUUCUGACAAAGAGAGAGGAGACGGAGGAAAGAGUCCAGAGUCUGCAGUACCAGAGGUGGAAAGUAGAAGAAGAAGCAGCUGGUGACACCGAGAGAGUCACUGUCCUGUUUAGAGACCUCAGGAGACUUCUGGAAGAUCUGGAGAAGAGAGUCCUGAGGGAAAUCUCCGGGAGGGCAGAGCGGAUCUCCAUCUCCAUCCGGGAUCUGGAAACAAAGAAGGAGAAGCUGUCCAGGAAGAUGCGUCACAUUGAGGAGCUGUGUAACAUGACGGAUCCACUGACUGUCUUACAGGAAUCAGACACAGGUGACUUGUGUGAUACUGAGGAUGGAGAUAAUGAGGACAGAGAGAGACAUGAGAAGCUCCUCCAUGAUGGAGGGGGUCUGGAUGUGGCUGGGAUAUCACACACAUUACACACAUUAUAUGAUAUAAUAAAAGAGGUAAAUGUAGACUUAUAUAUACAGGGAGCUGCAGACAUAUUACUGGAUGUAAACACAGCUCAGAAUAAUCUCCAUAUAUCAGAUGACAGGAAAACUGUAUCCUGGUCACAUAGAAACCAGAAGCACCCCAAAACACCAGAGAGAUUUCAGUAUUAUUAUCAGGUGAUGAGCAGUCGGAGUUUCUCCUCAGGGAGACAUUACUGGGAAGUGGAUGUCGGGGGAUCAGAGAGCUGGAGAGUCGGGAUGUGUUACCCCAGUAUAGACAGGAGAGGGGGGCAGUCAGGGAUUGGAUAUAAUAACAAGUCCUGGGGUUUGGACAGGGAAGGUAAUCAGUAUAAGGUGAUACAUGACAAUAAAAAGAUUCUCUUAUCCACCGAUAUCUCCAGUAACAGAGUCAGGAUAGAUCUGGAUUAUAAGGCCGGGCGGAUCUCCUUUUAUGAUCUGUGUAACCCGAUCCGACACCUCCGCACCUUCACCACCACCUUCACUGAGCCCCUCCAUGCUGGGUUAUGUGUAGGGGGAGGUUGUAUAAAGAUAUGUGGGGGGACAUGGGAGAUGUGAGAACUCCUCCCACGGACUGAUGACAUCAUAGUAAGGGAGGGUCAGAUCAGUUAAAUAUUUAUCCAAUGGGGCAGAUGGUGGGGACUCCAGUCAGUGUCUCUUUUAUUGUAGUUUGGGUUACAGUACAAAUCAGGGUGAAGGGUUACAGAAAUAGGAGGCUGUGCUACAAAAUCAUGCUGAUCUGCAAUGUAAUAGAGGAAAUAAAUGAGUAGAAUAGAAGAAGUCAGUUUAUACUGGAGGUGUGAGAUGUUUUUUUGGUUUGUUGAGAUACAAAGUAAAAUGAUUGUGUGACCGGGUGUACUUCUCUCAGGAGGACUGAACCCCCAGAAAUGUGGAGGAGGGGAGAUAAAGUUUAGGGGUAGAGUGAGAAAAGAGAAGAAAACUGAACCCUCUGUCAUAUAUCUCCUCUAUACAGGGUUGGGGGGGUCUAAGCUCUGCAGUGCUCCAUGUCGCCCCCUGGAAAUUUACACCAGAACAUGUUUUUAUUAAUGUCUCCAUCUUAAUCCAAUCAGAGUUCUUGAACGCUGUGAUGUCAAUAAACCCCAAUAGAACUUUCAGCUUUACCCCUUGGCAUCAACACCUCUCAGCCCUUUAGGUGCUAGGGGGGUGGGGCGGGGCUUAUGAUCAUGUGACUGCCAUGAUUGGCUGUCACGGGGGUCGUAGGAUUGGAAAGCUCCCAAUCGCAAGCAGCGAACUGGAGCUUUCUGUUUUCCACCAGAAAUGUGCCGUCACUGGGCGCACGCUCUCGGCACACCUGUUUUUGCAAUAUUGUACGCGAAUAUGCAGCCGCUCUCUGCCAAGGCCCACCCUCUGAGAGGUUGUAUAUUUGCAUGCUGUCUGCGCCAACAGGUUAAAUCUGAUAAAUACAUUCCAAGGGCUUCAAACCAAAAACUGUCCAAGUAGAAAUGCCUCCCCCUGCCAAAAUGCUUCAAAGAAGAACCCUUGCUCUCUGUGUGGAAGCAGUUGUCUCCCUGCAGAGGUCCAACAUGCCCAUUGCUGAGUCAUAGCUAUUCACAUCCAAUUAUCAGGGAGUAUGAGCUUUAUGAAUUGGAGAGAUCUAGAUCUGACUCAACAGAGGGUGUGUCAGAUCUCUGGAGGGAGACCACUGCUUCCACACGUGGCAAGGGGUUCCUGGCAGGGGGCUGGUGUUUUUAGUCAAGUUUGAUUUAAUUUUUAAUUCAUUUUAUGUAAAUUUUUAUGAAUAAUUGGGGUGCUCUAAUAGAGGAGGUGUGUUAUUAGCCAGAUCACCAGGUGAAGACAGAGUGGGAAAAAGUCUAAAAAAAAAUAAUAAAAAGUAAUACAGCCACCACAUCUAAUGAUUGAUGAGCUGCAAUUUAUUAUACCACUUUAAUUGGUAGAGUAAUUCUAGAAGCAGGUUGGUGUCAUGUUGGGAUAGGACAUACAUUAAUGUUUUACA